GAAGAGAUCAAAUCAAUUUUCUAAAAAUUUUAUAUUUAUACAUAUAAAAAUUUAUUGAUUUAAUAAGGGAAAUUUGCAUAUUCAUAUUAUGGCAUUUCAAAUGCUUUUGUUUAGACUUUCAAUCAUCCUAUUCUCCAUUUCAGGAGUUUACUCUGUCGAUUUCAUCAUUAAAAACAAUUGUAAGGUUCCAAUCUGGCCGGGAGCCUUAACCGGCGCUGGCAAUCCAAUCUCCACCACCGGCUUCAGACUACUCCCUGGCUCAACCACAACAGCAACCGUCGAUGUAUCAACAACGCAGUGGUCGGGGCGGUUCUGGGCUCGAACCCUUUGCUCUAUGGGUGCAAAUGGUAAGUUCGCUUGUGCAACCGCAGACUGCGGUUCCGGCCAAAUCACAUGCAACGGCGCGGGUGCAAUUCCGCCAGCAACGUUGGUGGAAUUCACAAUAGCGACAAACCUCGGUCAAGAUUUCUUCGACAUCAGUCUGGUGGAUGGCUUCAAUUUGCCGGUUUCAGUUACGCCAAUAGGCGGAUCGAGUGGCUGCCAACCAGUAGUUUGUGCGAGAAGUGUGAACCCCGUUUGUCCACCGGAGUUGGCCGUUAAAAGCCCACGUGGGUUAGUGAUAGCUUGUAAGAGUGCUUGUAUGGCUUUUAAUACGCCGGAAUAUUGCUGCAGCGGCGACCAUAAUCGGCCGGAGACUUGCCCACCCACGAAUUAUUCGAAGAUAUUCAAGGCGCAAUGCCCUCAAGCUUAUAGUUAUGCAUAUGAUGAUAAGACAAGUACAUUUACUUGUUCUGGUGGAGCUAAUUAUGCUAUCACAUUUUGUCCUUAGAUAUCUAUAUUUACACUUUGGUGGAAAAAGCCUUUAAUAAAACGUAAUAAAUUGAAUGUUUGAUAUGUAAUUUACACACAAACAUUUCUCUCUUUUUCUUUUUUUUUUUUUCUUUUCUUUUGAAUCUUGUCAAGAGAGUUUCGUGUUGUCAGAAUUGUUUUAGUCGUUUGUAAUCAAAAUUUGUCGAUCGUAGUGCGUUUCCAUCAUUCUCUUGUUAAUCGUUACAAAUUUCAAUUGUAAAAGGAAUUGGAUUGCUUUU